UUUUAGGGUUAAGUAAAAUUUCUAGGUUAUUAGGUUUUUAGAUUUUUGGGUUAAAUUGACUUUAUCUUUUCUAGAAAUUUGGAUUUAGUCUUGAAAUUGUAUGUCCUGAAAAUUUAGCCCUUCCAUUAAUAGGAACCUUGAACAUAACCUUACCAAACAUGUUCAUAGGUGGCAAUACAUAGCACACAAACUACCUAAAGAACUACUCUUAGCAGUUAGGUUUCAAACUGUGAAUUCUACUAAAAAAGGGAGUGAAAUGGAAAAGAGCCACACAUUCAUUUCGGUGUUCCUUGGAAGAGUUGAUGGUCUUUUUUACUUGAUGGAAAAAUGAUUCCUGAGUUAGGUCUGGUGAGAAGAUUGCACUCAAAUGAGCUGGAUUCAGUCUGCUCUCUUCGUUGCUGGACUACCAAGUGAGCAGUCUCCAGAGAUUUUGCUUGAUAGAACACCUCAAUCUAGAUUGUCUUUCAAAGCAAAAUCUAAUUAUGUGAAAGAGCCAAUUCCAGAAAAAGGUUUGGAAGGAAUAUGGGAAAGGUUAUACGAAGAAGAGGUUGGAAGUGGUAUUGUGAUAAUGAGUCCUUAUGGUGGGAAAAUGAGUGAGAUUCCAGAAUCUGAGCUUCCAUUUGGUCAUAGAGUUGGGAACAUGUAUAAAAUUGAGUAUUUGAUUUAUUGGGAAGAAGAAGGGAAUAGUGGAAUAGUAGUGGAAAAGCACAUAAGUUGGAUUAAAAGACUUUACAAUUACAUGACUCCGUUUGUGUCCAAAAAUCCUAGAUCAGCUUAUAUCAAUUAUAGAGACCUUGAUAUUGGAAGGAAUAGCAACAUGGGUACCGUAACUUAUGCUGAAGCCAGCAUUUGGGUGGUCAAAUAUUUCGGCCAAAACAACUUUAAUAGAUUGGUACAUGUCAAAACUAUGGUUGAUCCAGCAAAUUUCUUUAAAAAUGAGCAAAGUAUUCCUCCACUACCGUAAAAUACUGGCAUUCCUUUCAUAGUUAUCUGUUUCAAUAAACAAAGUCCAUAUAUCUCUCUAUAUAUGUAGAAAUGUAUGUGUCCUCUUUUUAGCAGCUUAAAAAAAUAAAAAAUAAAAGGAAAAUAUAUAAAAAUGGUUGUU